GAGCGCUCGGUCUCUCAACCAUCCUGUACCUGGUGUCGCUGCAGGACUUAACGCGGUGUCCGUUCCGAGUGGUGGAUGAGAUCAACCAGGGCAUGGACCCCACCAACGAGCGCAACAUGUUCCAACAGCUCGUGCGCGCCGCCACCCACGACCACACCCCGCAGUGUUUCCUGCUGACGCCAAAGCUCCUGCCAGACUUGGACUAUGGCGAGUCGUGCACGGUGCACUGCGUGAUGAAUGGCGUGCAUGCCGCUUCCCUCGCCUCCACUGCUGGUGAGUGCCGUGAGGACUGGUGGCCUGCUGACUUGAGCUGA